AUGGAGUACCUAUCAAGGUGUUUGGAUGAGCUUGAUACUGUUCCUGAUUUCAAUUUUCACCCUAGGUGUGAAAAACUUCAUUUGAGUCAUCUCAUGUUUGUUGAUGAUUGGCUGUUGUUUGCUAGAGCUGAUGAUUGUUCUGUCAAAUUGCUUCUUCAAGCUUUCACUAAAUUUUCUUUAGCCUCAGGUCUCUCUGCUAAUUUAGAUAAGAGUGAAGCCUAUUUUGGGGGGAUUUAUGAUCAAGCUCAGGGUUCUUUGCUGAAUAUCUUGGGUAUGGUUCCUGGUUCCAUCCCUUUUAGGUAUCUUGGAGUACCCUUAUCUUCUAAAAAGCUCACUAUUGGUGGUUGGGAUAAGGUGAGGAAAGGGCCUGGAGUGCAAAUUAAGAAGAUCUAUAGGUGUUUGAGACCUCAAGCUCCUAAGGUUCCUUGGAAAAGACUAUUUUGUAAUAGUCAUGCUUCUCCAAAGAGUAUUUUUAUCCUUUGGCUGUCUUUAUGGAACAGGUUAAUGACUAAGGACAUGCUUCUGUCUUGGAAUUGGCAAUGUGACCCUAUUUGUGUUCUUUGCCUUACAACUGCUGAGAGUAGAAACAACACUGUUUUUACUGGAUGUUGUUCACCUGCAAAAACUGUUGUGAUGCUGACAGAAAGCUACUUAUAA